CCGCGCGGAGCCGUCGCUCCCCACGUGACUGCUGACGUAGAGUGGGAGGAGACCGGCGGAUGUCUCUGAACGUGUUCCGCGGAUUUCCAUCAGUUCGACCCGGCUUACCUCGACUCCGGCGUGAGCAGCUCCUGUCAGCUAACCGUAACUAACGCUCAACGAUGAAGAUCUGGGCGUCAGAGCACGUAUUUAAUCAUCCUUGGGAGACGGUCACCAAGGCUGCCAUGCAAAAGUACCCCAACCCCAUGAACCCCAGCGUUAUCGGAGUGGAUGUGUUGGACAGAAGCAUCGACAAACAGGGACGCCUCCACAGUAAAAGACUGCUCGGCACAGACUGGGGUCUUCCAUCCAUCGUGAAAGCCAUCAUCGGUAACGCACGGACAUGCACGUACAUUCAGGAGAAAUCGGUGGUGGAUCCCAUCGAGAAGAUAUUCGAGCUUCAGUCCUCUAAUAUCACUUUCACAAACCUGGUGUCGGUGGAUGAAAAGUUAACAUAUAAACCACACCCUGAGGACACAGAAAAAACAAUCUUGACCCAAGAGGCGAUCAUCUCUGUGAAGGGAGUCAGCCUCAGCAGCUACUUGGAGGGAGUAUUGGCCACCACCAUGUCUGCUAACGCCGGAAAGGGCCGUGAAGCCUUGGAGUGGGUCAUCCGGCGGCUGAAUGCAGAGAUCGAGGAGCUGGCGGCGUCGGCACGCGGGACCAUGCGAACCCCGAUGGCUGCUGCGGUCACUGAGAACUGACGCCUGACCCUCUUUGCCAGCGGACUCUGAGAGAAACUGCACACCGGGACAUCGAGCCUCACUUUUUGAUGCUCCGGUGCUGCUUUUGGUGCUCUGGAAAAAACGUUUUUGUAUUAUUUUAAGAUACAAUUCAUCCAUCUCAUAUGCUUUUACUAUCUACAUUAGAUACAUUUUUUAAUAGCAGACGGCAACAAAAGGGAAUUCUGUGGCGCAUCUUUCUAGGAUGCUGCCUGGCGGAGCCGCAGAGAUAAAAGACUCAGACACAAGUUUAAACACCACCGUUAUCUGUGGGUUCAGAAACAUGUAGCGAAGAGGAACCCGGAGCACUGGAGGAGAUUAAAAGCAGGAAAGUGCCAAAGCAGACGCAACUCUUUGUCACCAGCAUCUUUACCUCAGAAGUCUCCUUUUUACAGUUAAAAGAUAAAACCAGUCAUGAGAUAUGUAGAGUGAGCUGAGAGGAAAACAAUCCUCUAUUGAGGCAGAAGUCGAGUGCAAUGCAUGUCAAGGGUACAGAGGUUUGGAGUGUACCUCAGUAGAUGGUUUGGUUGACAUGGUGAUGAUGUCAAUACAUUUGAACUGUACUUCAUACGGGACAGUAAUGAAAACACACACUGCAACCGGCGACAUCUGUGAGCCUGAAUAUAAACUGUGGUUUGUUCUUAUGUGAAAACUAUUAUUUAAGUGAAAUGAAGGGAUCAAGGUAUUUGCCAUAUUUAUGUUUUUUAAAGAGACGUAGAAGAUCUUCUCAAAUGCUGCGUUUGUAUAACUUCCAUAUCAAUCACAUUCACUACCUGGACAUGUUUGAUCAAUACUGCUGUUUCUGCGUUAUUACACAGUCUUCUCAGCAGGAAAGCCGAGACUGUUGCAUGGACUUUAUUUGCACUUAUGAAAUAUUAAAUGUGAAGAAAGAAAAGCUGCUGCACACAUGACGAUCUGUGGAUGCUUGUUUGACAGACGAUUUGCCUUCGAGAAGGUCUUUCUUUAUAUAAAAGACAGCAGUGUGGUGAUGUGAAAGUUAAGCUUCUCUAUUAUUAACACUUAGGUUGGUUUACCUGAAACAGGAAUAUUUAUUUACAGAGCGAGUUGAACUUUGGUUGGAAAUUGAGAAAUGGGGAAAACGCAUGCUUGAUAAUGUAAUUAUCAUAGAAUUUGUGCAUUAUGUCUGGUUGCCUGUUGAGAGAUACGGUUUCAGCAACUUGCAGAUUUUGAUAAUGAAAUAGAAUACGUUAACAUGUUUGAUAUAAGAUUUUUUGCUAGUAGUUUUUAAAAUGAUUUCCAUUAAAAAAAAAAAGACCUGGAUGGUGUUGAUAUACAAAUCAACUGUAUCAGAAAGACAAAAUGUUCGCUUUAGUUAGAACUCCAUAUAAGUUCAUAUAUCUAACUAUUUAACUGACUUUUUAAGUUGCAAAAUGGCCCCCAACUGACUUUGUUUGAUGUAUGUGAUUCUGCCAAAACGGUUCAGGUUCAGUCAGUGAUUGAAUUCAAAGUCAUUGUUACCUAAAGGGUGUGACGGUAUGUUCGCGCUGUACUUCUCUGUAUCUUCAGCGGGUGUGGACCAGUAGAACUGCAUUCUUCUGAUGAUGGUCACACACUUUCAUUCAAGAGUUAUGCUGCCACACUUUGGCCAAAUGCUAGACUUCCAAUUCCAUUUUGAGAAGAAGCGUACAAACAAGUGUAAAAAAAAAAAAUGUUAUGUUAUGUCACCGUGUUUAAAAGGUCGGGCCAAAGUAAGCCUUUAAGUUACAAACUUUAAGUGAAUACUUGAAAAUAAAGUAAUUUACUGUA